CCAUCCCUCGAGCUAGGGUUUUUCAUCCACCCGCCGCUCUCGCUCUCUCCCUCUCUCUCGCGCGCACUCACGCUCUCUCUCUCAGCCCUUCUCCCUCUCUCGAUCUCCAUCUCCUCCUCGAUUCCAACCAUGCCGACCCAAAUCAGUAAGAAGCGAAAGUUCGUCGCCGAUGGCGUCUUCUUCGCGGAGCUCAACGAGGUGCUCACCAGAGAGCUUGCCGAGGACGGCUACUCCGGGGUCGAGGUUAGGGUUACCCCGAUGCGCACGGAGAUCAUCAUCAGGGCCACUCGCACCCAGAACGUUCUCGGUGAGAAGGGGAGGAGGAUUCGGGAGUUGACAUCGGUGGUUCAGAAGAGGUUCAAUUUCCCAGAGAACGGCGUUGAGCUCUACGCUGAGAAGGUUAACAACAGGGGUCUCUGUGCGAUCGCUCAGGCCGAGUCGCUUCGCUACAAGCUCCUUGGAGGCCUCGCUGUUCGGAGGGCAUGCUAUGGUGUCUUGAGGUUUGUCAUGGAGAGUGGUGCUAAGGGAUGCGAGGUGAUAGUAAGUGGAAAGCUCAGGGCCCAGCGUGCCAAAUCUAUGAAGUUCAAGGAUGGGUACAUGAUUUCUUCUGGUCAGCCUGUUAAAGAAUACAUCGACUCAGCUGUGAGGCAUGUUCUUUUGAGACAGGGUGUUCUUGGGAUAAAGGUGAAGAUCAUGCUGGAUUGGGAUCCAAAGGGCAAGCAGGGCCCGAAAACACCUUUACCUGAUCUGGUCACUAUUCACGCUCCGAAGGAUGAGGAAGAAUACCUGAGGCCACCUGCCCCUGUCGUUGUGAGCGCAGAGAUCCCAGUGGUCUAAAAGAAACUCCUCUGCGCCUAAAACAUUAUCAUCCUUCUAGUUGGUUUUUGAGAGAUUUUGUUUUUGCAUCGUUCCCUAAUGUUUUGAAGAAUAGUGAACUUUGUUUUGUUAAACAGCAACAUUUUAAGCUAUUUCGUAUUUUAAAUGAUGUGUUCCGUUAAUAUGAAUUAAUGGACUGUUGUAGGUUCUUUUUCUUGGUUACUCUUGCUCGUACCCUUCUUUGACUGGUUGGUAAGAUUUAAUUCAUGUUAA